AUGGACAGGUUGCACUCCUCCAUGCGUAAAAGGCUCUACAGUUUGCCACAGCAUAUUGGACAGAAAGCUUAUAUUAUGGGCGAAGGAGAAGACGGCGACAAGGACACCCGGAGGAAGAGUAUUAGGAUGAAACCCUUGCCGUCACCAACCUCCAGAGGAAGCAUCAAAGGCAUCGGGGAGACCAGAGGUGGGGACACGGUGAUCAUGGAGACAGACAUUGGGAGACCAACGAAGACCAGUUUAAACGGAGAUUGUCGGAGAUUUCGUGGCAGUUUCUCCUCCAUCACCAGUCGGCAUGUGCACGACUCAGACUCGGCGGAGCAGAGGCGCCUCAUCACGGAAGGGGACGUCACCCCGAGCGAGGAGAGCCCCCCCGGAGCUAUUGGCGGUGGGGCGGACCAAGGUGCGCAAGGCGCCAGCGCUGGUGGUGCCCAACAUGCUUCUCUUGACCAGGAAUCAGGGUUCAUAAAGUUGGAUGGCAUUGAUCAAAUUUCGCCGGACGACGAGAGAUUGUACCAGGCAGGAUUCAUACACAGGCAGUUUGGGGCAAUGCUGCAACCGGGGGUCAACAAGUUCUCCCUAAGGAUGUUUGGGAGCGAAAAGGCGGUGGAACGGGAACAAGAGCGGGUUAAAUCCGCCGGAUUUUGGAUAAUUCAUCCGUACAGUGAUUUCAGGUUCUACUGGGACCUGACCAUGCUGCUGCUGAUGGUGGGGAACCUGAUCGUCAUCCCGGUGGGCAUCACCUUCUUCAAAGACGAACACACGCCCCCCUGGAUCAUCUUCAACGUGAUCUCAGACACCUUCUUCCUCAUGGACCUGGUGCUCAACUUCCGCACGGGCAUCGUCAAGGAGGACAACACCGAGAUCAUCCUGGACCCACAACAGAUCAAGAUCAAGUACCUGAGGAGCUGGUUCGUGGUGGACUUCAUCUCCUCCAUACCUGUGGACUACAUCUUCCUCAUCGUGGAGACGCGCAUCGACUCAGACUUCUACAAGACGGCCCGGGCGCUGAGGAUCGUCCGCUUCACCAAGAUCCUCAGCCUGCUCAGACUGCUCAGGCUGUCCAGGCUCAUCCGAUACAUCCACCAGUGGGAGGAGAUCUUCCAUAUGACCUAUGACCUGGCCAGUGCCAUGGUGCGUAUCGUCAACCUGAUUGGUAUGAUGCUGCUGCUGUGCCACUGGGACGGAUGUCUGCAGUUCCUGGUUCCCAUGCUGCAGGACUUCCCCCAGGACUGCUGGGUGUCCAAAAACAAAAUGGUGAACGACACAUGGGGCCAGCAGUACUCCUACGCCCUGUUCAAAGCCAUGAGCCACAUGCUGUGUAUCGGGUACGGCAUGUACCCACCUGUGGGCAUGACGGACGUGUGGCUCACCAUCCUCAGCAUGAUCGUGGGCGCCACCUGCUAUGCCAUGUUCGUGGGUCACGCCACCGCACUCAUCCAGUCUCUGGACUCCUCCCGUCGGCAGUACCAGGAGAAGUACAAACAGGUGGAGCAGUACAUGUCCUUCCACAAGCUGCCGGCUGAUAUGAGGCAGAGGAUCCAUGACUACUACGAGCAUCGCUACCAAGGCAAGAUGUUUGACGAGGAGAGCAUCCUGGGAGAACUCAACGAGCCACUCAGAGAGGAAAUCGUUAACUUUAACUGUCGAAAGCUGGUGGCUUCCAUGCCACUGUUUGCCAACGCGGACCCCAACUUUGUGACCUCCAUGCUGACCAAGCUGCGCUUCGAGGUGUUCCAGCCCGGAGACUACAUCAUCAGAGAGGGCACCAUCGGCAAGAAGAUGUACUUCAUCCAGCACGGAGUGGUCAGCGUUCUCACCAAGGGCAACAAGGAAACCAAGCUCUUAGACGGAUCCUACUUCGGGGAGAUCUGUCUGUUGACGCGGGGUAGAAGAACAGCCAGCGUCAGAGCAGACACCUACUGCCGUCUGUACUCUCUGUCUGUGGACAACUUCAACGAGGUCCUGGAAGAGUACCCCAUGAUGAGACGGGCCUUCGAGACCGUGGCUCUGGACCGGCUGGACCGCAUAGGGAAGAAGAACUCCCUCCUGCAGCACAAGGUGCAGCACGACCUGAGCUCCGGCGUUCUCAACUACCAGGAGAACGAGAUCAUCCAGCAGAUUGUGCAGCAUGACAGAGACAUGGCCACCUGCGCCCACCUCCUCCAGAACAUUCCUCCGCCUCAGCCCCCGUCUCCGGGGCACACCCCCGUCAUCUGGGCUCCCCUCAUCCAGGCACCCCUGCAGGCUGCAGCCGCCACCACCUCUGUUGCCAUCGCCUUGACGCACCACCCCCACCUUCCCCACCUCCCCGCCGCGCUCUUCCGCCCGCCGGUCACGGUCCUGGGCUCCAGGAACCUCCAGGACCCUCCCCCCGGCCGGCUGAAGAAGUUCCACACGUCGGCGCCCACCUCCUCCAUGGGACCUGACUCCCCCUCCAGCACCCCAUCUAAACUGCACUGCUCUGGGAUGGACACAGCCCUGCUGGCCUCCUUCCGGGCCCACCACACGACUCAGGGGUCAGGGGCAGCCAGCUCCAGUCAGCAGGCGUCCAGCAGCAGUGGAACCCAGCCUGGGCCUACCGGGGCCUUUCCCUUUGGACCUUUCUCCUCCUCCGGGGGCUCUCCCUCCCACAGCACGGCACAGAGCACGGCCCAGCUACACUCACAGCCCCAGACGCAGCAGCCAUUCCACUGCACCACCCCGCCUCUCGCUGCCCUCUUCCAGCAGGGAGUCAUGGAGGGAGCCGUGGGGACAGGGAUGGGUGGAGCAACAGGGGGAGCUACAGGUUGGUCUUCAGGAGGUGAAAUAGGAGGGGUUGCUGAGGGGGCCACGGGUGGAACAAUAAGAAGGGCCACUGGUUGGGGUAGACGUGGGUCUAUAGAAGGAUAUACUACUGGAGUACAUAUAGGAGGAGCCACUGGGGGGUACUCAGGAGGGGCUAGUGGUGGGCACAUUAGAGGAACUAGUGGAGGACAUAUAGGAGCUACUGGUGGAGCAAUGGGAGGGGCUACAGGUGGAAUGACAAUUGGAGUUCUGGGUACCUCUAGUUCUGGUUGUAGUAUCAGCCCCCAGUCCACUGGUUCAUCCGGCAACAUUAACCCCUGUCAGCUGCUCCACAGCCAGCUGCCCCCCAAGCCUCCACAGGUGGGCUCCCUGCAGCAGUUUGCAGGCGGGGGUAGGACUCCUAGUGGCUUCUACCACCUCCCCCCUCCAGGCUCCCCAUCCUCCUCCUCCUCCACCCAGCAGGCCCCAGAGGGCUCCCCUUCUCCCCUGGCCCAGUUCAGCCUGGCAGGCCUCCAGCUGGUCCCUCAGCUGUCCCUGGAGAGGUCUGCCCUGGCCUCGUUGGCCCAGUACGGCUCAGCUAACGGCUCGCCCUGCUACACCCCCCUGGGGCCUAGCCCCACGGUCCAAAGCCCAGUCACAGGAAGGACUUUCCACUACAGCGACUCGUCCAGUGCCACAGGGUCCCACAGCUCUCUGCUCAUGCCCCAGACCUCCCUCCCCAGCCAGCAGCACGCAGCCGGCAGUGAGUCUCUGUUGGGGCUGGGCAGCUUCUCUGAGGAUAUGAAACUAUUGUCCUGUUCUAACAUCUCCCUGCCCCAGGAUGUGACCCAGGCCAUGGGAUACUCCUCCCUCCCACGCUCCUCACCCCCUCGCACCUCGCACCCAUGCUCCUCCAUGGAGCCAGGAUACUGCUUCUCCUCGCCCUACACCUCCCCCAUCCUAGUUCCAAAACCCUGUAGCUCGGUGCCAGGGCACAUGACUCCUCCUGUCCCUGCCCAGAUGUCUCCAGGACACCUGCAGCACCAGACUCAGUCCCCCGUGGCCUCCCCGGCCCUGCCGCCACGGAAAGGCUCGGCAGCCCACUCUGAACUAGAACCUGUCCGCUCCAAACUAACCUCCAAUUUGUGAGAUUUGAUCACACCCUCCUUGGACUAGUACACAAACGAUCUUCCUGUAUGAUGUCAUUCUCUUCUAGGCUUCACUGUGUUCUAAUCGUUAUCAUUUCCACCAUCUUAAUAUUACUGUGAUUUAAAAGAUGACGCUUAACCAGGUAACUUCGAGCUCCCUAGACAACUACCCUUUCUUUGUUUUUGUUUUGUCCUUCUCCCUUUUUUAUUCAUACGUAUAUACAUAGAAAUAUAUUUAAAAGAUAUGCUAAUCAAGGGACAGGAGGGUGUGAACAGAAAAUGAUAUCCAUUUAAGAGAUGGUCAUUUCUUUGUUUCUAACUAUGCCAAAUUCAUAUGAUGGGGUUUGGUUUGAUGGUUAGAUGGACAACACAAUAGUACUUUUUUGCAGGAACCUAUGCACUAAUACCUGCAUGUAUAGAUGCUUUUUUUGUGUGUUUUAAAAGAACAGAAUCAACCUUUUCAGUGGAAAAUACAUGCCUCAAUAAGAGCAGACUGACUUAUUUUUUCAUCCCAUACAGGAUCACAUGUUGUUGAUCCUUCAUCAUCUAUUAUCAAUUAGAUGACUUAUUUAUCCACUCUAUAGACUUCACGAAACCUUCCGAGGUGGAGAAGAGAUUUUAGGAAACCAAAAAGACUUUCCUCUGGGGUGAUCAAUCUGCCUCCUCUUUGGCCUGUGUGUCAUUGUUGUAUUGUCGUAAUAUUGGGGGGUGUUGAGUGGGCUACAGGCCCUCCAUCCCUGUAGUGAGACAGACAUCAAGUAUGAUGUGUUAGUGAUAGGCUUCCUGCAGUGUCCUCAACCCUGUCCUAACAAAUUCACUUUGUCUUCCAAGCUCAUCGUGCCGCAAAUGUUUUGGAUGGACAAGGACAAGUUGAGCCCUGCAAUCUGUGUGCUAGUGGACAGAGUGUAUGCAUUUAUGUGUGUCUGAUAGUGACUGAGUGUGAGUGUGUGUUUGAGUGUGUGUCUGUGUGUUUAAGAGA